AUGCCAGAGAAUGUCUCUCUGAGGAAUUACUCGGCUUUCGCCCGGGCUCCCACGUUGGAAGGGACUCCCCGCCCCGCCUGGGCAGUUACUGCGCUGUCCAGCGUUCUGAUCUUCACCACGGCCGUGGACAUCCUGGGCAACUUCCUUGUUAUCGUGGCCGUCUUCAGAAAUAAAAAACUGAGAAACACCGGUAAUGUGUUUGUUGUAAGCUUGGCAUUUGCUGACCUUGUCGUGGCUGUGUAUCCAUAUCCACUAGUGCUCUUUGCAAUUUUUCACAAUGGAUGGUUCCUAGGUGACAUUCACUGUAAAUUGAGUGGCUUUUUGAUGGGUCUAAGUGUAAUAGGGUCAAUUUUCAACAUCACAGCAAUUGCAAUAAACAGAUAUUGCUACAUCUGUCACAGUCUGACUUAUGACAAAUUAUACAGCUUUCGAAACACAAUGAUCUUUGUGUUUCUGAUCUGGACAUUAACUGUGUUUGCAAUUGUACCAAAUUUCUUUGUUGGAUCCUUACAAUAUGAUGCCCGAGUCUAUUCCUGUACGUUUGCUCAGACAGUUAGUUCUUCAUAUACCAUUGCUGUGGUAAUUGUUCACUUCCUAGUUCCUAUCACAGUUGUGUCAUUCUGUUACCUGCAAAUCUGGAUUUUGGUUAUCCAAGUAAGAAAGCGUGUCAAAACGGAUAUACGACCAAAACUGAAGCAGAGUGACUUCAGAAACUUUCUGACUAUGUUUGUAGUAUUUGUGUUAUUUGCAUUUUGCUGGGCACCCUUAAACUUCAUUGGCCUUGCCGUGGCUAUUAAUCCACAGAAGAUUGCACCAAAAAUUCCAGAAUGGUUAUUUGUCCUCAGUUACUUCAUGGCCUACUUUAACAGUUGCCUUAAUGCAAUUAUAUACGGACUGAUGAACCAAAACUUCAGAAGAGAAUAUAAAAGAAUCAUAAUGUCCUUGAGGACACCACGCCUUUUGUUUCAAGAUACAUCAAGAGGAGGAACUGAGGCACUGAAGACUAAACCAUCACCUGCAAUAAAUAAUAAUGAUUAA